CCUCAUCCACCAUGCUUCUCAGGAGUAUAAUUCUGUUUAUAACAGUCGCUCAUAUCUUCGCUGGAGAAUCUUGGAGAAAACCUGGCUGUCAUAAAAUGGGCCACACUCGAGAAAUCAACAUACCGGACUGUGUAGGUUUUAAGAUCACGACCAACGCCUGCCGCGGUUACUGCGAGUCUUGGUCACUGCCGAGCAUCAUGCUAGGCUUUAAGAGACACCCGGUCACUUCUCUUGGGCAGUGCUGUAACAUCAUGGAGUCUGAAGACACACAUGUAAAGGUGCAGUGUAUUGACGGCGAGCGGAAUCUAACCUUCAAGUCGGCAGUAUCCUGCGCGUGCUAUCACUGCCAGAAGGAAUAGAACAGGUAUUGCAAUUACAUACCUGAGCAAUUUCCGUUUACUUUGUAAUUUUUUUUUUAUUAUUACAAUCUCCGAUUUUGAUAAAAAUUGGUAAACUGAUAGAGUCCUCGAAGAUCCACUAGGUUCCCCAAAAUGUCCUAGGUUGAUUGUAUAAAACUUUCCUUUUUUGUUACCGAAAAUGUAU